ACAACACACAAAACCGAGCCAUAGCAACACACCGUGGGCAGAGUGAUGUCAAACUAAUCCAAACCCAUCUGAAGGGUUCCAUUUGGAAAGGCACUCGUCCGGACCGGGAAUUCGCUGGAGGAUACGCUUAAACACUCGGUUCCCGAUCCUCGAACAAGGGAGAGAGAGAGAGAGAGAGAGAAUAAAGGAGGGAGGGCGGCCGUGGAUUUGGGAGAGAUGGUCUUGCAAGAUUAAAGAAGGCUGCUCGCUUUUAAAAGGUCAGCCAGGAAAAGUUACAGUUGUACAUGCAAUUAACACAACAACAAAAAACUUGCAGGAGCCUGAGGGUUGAUUUAAAUCUCUCUCUCUCACACACACACACACACACAGACACAAACACACGUCCCAGGAUCUGGCUCGGACUUCGCUCAUCUGACCAGGAAUUCAUAAAAACUCAAAGCCCGGCGACAGACAGAACGAAAACCCUUCCAACGGGGCAUGGGGCAAGUAAAGGGAGCUGGUAACACUGAGUAAACCAUGGGUCUGCAGAGGGCGAUUUUCUGGACUUUACUGUUUCAUAUCAUCUUGCCCUGUGUUUCAUCAUUGCUUUCAGCUCUGCUAGAACAGUACUGUGAGGCCUUAUCAUCUUUAUACAAUAUUACAGGUAUUUACUGUAAUUCAACAACCGAUCAGAUAGGAACUUGCUGGCCGAGGACACGAGCAGGACAGCUUGUAGCGAGACCUUGCCCCGAGUAUUUCAAUGGGGUUAAAUACAACACCACAAGAAGUGUGUACAGAGAAUGUACCGGAAAUGGAACAUGGGCCUCUAGAAUCAAUUACUCCCACUGUGAGCCCAUCUUAGAGGAGAAGAGGAAAUAUCAACUCCACUACAAGAUUGCACUGAUUAUCAACUAUCUGGGUCAUUGCAUCUCGGUUGGAGCCCUCAUAGUCGCAUUUAUCCUUUUCCUUUGUCUGAGAAGCAUCAGAUGCCUUCGGAACAUUAUUCAUUGGAACUUGAUAACCACGUUCAUACUGAGGAAUGUCAUGUGGUUCCUGUUGCAAAUGAUCGACCACCAGAUACACGAGAACAAUGAGCCAUGGUGCCGUCUUAUCACAACUAUCUUCAACUAUUUUGUGGUGACUAAUUUCUUCUGGAUGUUUGUCGAAGGGUGCUAUCUCCACACAGCUAUAGUGAUGACCUACUCUACAGACAAACUGCGCAAAUGGAUAUUCCUGUUCAUUGGAUGGUGUAUACCCUGUCCUAUCAUUGUCGCCUGGGCCAUAGGCAAAUUAUAUUAUGAAAAUGAACAAUGCUGGUUUGGAAAAGUACCAGGGAAAUAUAUGGACUAUGUCUAUCAGGGGCCAGUGAUACUCGUACUGCUGGUUAACUUUGUCUUUCUCUUCAACAUUGUGAGGAUCCUGAUGACUAAGCUGAGGGCAUCGACCACAUCAGAGACAAUGCAGUACAGGAAAGCAGUGAAGGCAACUUUGGUUCUGUUACCUCUUCUUGGCAUCACUUACAUGUUGUUCUUCGUCAACCCAGGCGAAGAUGACAUCUCACAAAUUGUUUUCAUCUACUUUAAUUCAUUUCUGCAAUCCUUUCAGGGUUUCUUUGUCUCUGUGUUUUACUGCUUCCUGAAUGGUGAGGUACGUUCUGCUGCAAGGAAGAGAUUGCAUCGAUGGCAAGACAAUCAUACCCUUCGAGUUCGGGUUGCCCGGGCUAUGUCAAUACCAACCUCACCCACAAGAAUUAGUUUUCACAGCAUAAAACAGACAACUGGUGUCUGACUCCAGGAGACUGAGCAUUCGUUUCUUUGAAUUUUUCACAAUGUUUUCCUUCAAUAUUGAAGUAAUUUGUUUAUGGAUUGCUGUGCACAUUUGAAACAAGCAACGGUGAACAGGAGAAGCCGAAGAUGAAAGGCCCAUCACAACAAAAUGAAACUGUACUCUAGGAGUGGAUCAAGCUUUAAUUUUCCUUCAAACAGCCAGCAUCAAAAUGGAAAAGUAGGAAGUGUGAGUCUGCAUUAAUCUCGAUCAUGUGGGGAACUGAGAUGCUGUUUGCAGCUCACUUAACUUUUGUCUGCAGUCAAAGUUUGGCAUGGGGGAAUGUCACAACUUCAAGGCAAGAAUAAAAGUUGUUUCAGAGCCUUAUUCCAAGGCUUUCAUCUUCUAUCCCCAAUCUCUUGUACAAAUACCAAAUUUCCUUCUGGAAAACUGCUUUGAAUUGUCAUAUGGGAAUCUGUAAAAUAAGAAGUCAGAAAAUAACAAAUGUUGGGACUUCCAAUAUCGCUAAGAAGACCUUUCAAGGUUCAAAACAUCAACCUAACUUGAAAGAAGUUUUGAUGGAAUGAAGGUCUGUUCCAAGCCCCACACCUUACAACCAAGUCUAUCUGUGCUGUCUAUCGCUGUAGUAAACCUCAUAUGUAGAAAGGACAUCUAAUUUGUCAAAUGUAUCCAGCAGUGACACACACAACAGAACUCUGUCUGAUAUCUAUGGAGCUAAAACAAUUUUAAGUUAAAUCACUGGUCCAGAAUCCGUGUAAAUUGAAAAUGAAUGGAUCAUUAGGUUCUGUGAAUCAAGAAAGAAGUCACUCUGUUUAUUCCGCAGUGCUAACUAGAACAUAUCUCACUCAAACAAUAGAAACGAAGGCAGACAAUUUCUAACCUAUUUAAUGAGUUUUAUUUUGCUGAAUAGUGAAAUAUUAUAGACCAUGGUUGUUU